UGUAGCGGUUGCUUGCAGCUUUUUUGGUCUGCAAGGCAGCCGCCGGCCAUGCUCUUGCAAGGCGCUGGUUCCACCAUGUCCACAUCCCGCAGUCAUGUCAUUCCAUUAGCAGCUAGCGCGCAAGCAGCGAGUACCAUAAGCGUUGGCGCAAUACGUUUCCGGCCUUGCAUUGACAUCCAUAAGGGAAAAGUUAAACAAAUCGUCGGCUCGACGCUUAAGGACCUUCCGGAGACCCAGGGGUCGGUUUCGGAGCUGAAGACAAAUUUCGUGUCGGACAAGCCUUCCUCUUGGUACAGCGAGCUAUACCGGAAAGAUGGCCUUACGGGGGGCCACGUCAUCAUGCUGGGAGCGGAUGAAGCUAGCAAGCAAACGGCGCUUGAGGCUCUCCGCGCCUGGCCAGGGGGCCUUCACAUGGGGGGUGGGGUGACAGCGGACAAUGCGAUGGAGUACCUGGAUGCCGGGGCCAGCCACGUCAUCGUCACGUCGUACGUGUUUCGGGAAGGACGACUGGAGGAGGACCGUCUGAAGCAGCUGGUCAAGCUUGUGGGCAAGCAGCGCCUGGUUCUGGAUCUCUCCUGCCGCCAACGAGACGGCCAAUACUGGGUGGUGACGGACCGCUGGCAGCGCUUCAGCUCCCUGGCGCUCAGUCCCGGCAGCCUAGCCGCCUUGGCUGCCAGCUGCGACGAGUUCCUGGUUCACGGCGUGGAUGUGGAGGGCAUGCAGCUGGGUAUUGACGAGCAGCUGGUGGCCCUGCUGGGGGAGUGGUCGCCCCUGCCAGUGACAUAUGCGGGUGGAGCGAGGACGCUGGAGGACUUGGAGCGCGUGCGGGUGGCUGGUAGGGGGCGAGUGGAUAUCACCGUGGGCUCUGCUCUCGACAUAUUUGGCGGGAAACUCAAGUACAACGAUGUAGUGGCCUGGCACAAGCGCCAACAAGAACAACAAGACCACCAGCAGUCACAUUAG